UUAGUUUGGUGUGACCUGCAGAGGGCAGAAGUUCGCCAACGAUGAGUGAACGCUGCCGGAAACACUGGAGGAGAAGAAGAAGAAGAAGCUCAUCUCUUGCUUCCAGGAAGUGUUGAUGUCAGCUUGGCUACCUGUUCGUCUGUCUGUGUCUGUAGUGUUCAUUGAAUCAAUCACAACACAGCGCUGGUCCAGAGAGCGGAUGCUGCCUUCACUUCCUCCUGGUGUUCAUCCUCCCAUUUCAGCUGAGCUUCAACUCCCUGUUGACUGGCACCUGACCGUGCCGGUUAAGCGUGCGCAUGUGUGUGUAUGUGUUAAUUCAUUGUAGGCCUAUGUGAGUGUGUGUGUCUGUGUCAAUACCUCCCCAGCCCAAAAUGUCCACGUGUCCCUCAACGCUCCAGCUGAGUCCAUCGGUGUGUCUUCAUCUCCUCUGCCUGCUGCUGGUCCCCCUCACUGCCUGCUCCUCCUCAGCAUCCAAAAUCAAACUGGUUACGGCCGAGCCCACAACACAAGCUCACCGCUCCACAGAUCGUGAUAAUCGUGGUGUUGCCACAGAUCUGCAUCAAAAAAAUGACUCAAAAGGCAAACGGGAGGACCUAUUCCCCUCCAACUCGUCUUCAUCAACCCACGCAUUUAAUGACUCUACGGUAUCCUCAAUAAACCAAACAUCCAAUCAGCAACCAGCAUCAACAGACCAUCAGGGUACAUCACCAGCGCCGGUCACUCAGCCUGUAGUCCCUUCUCCUUCUACAACCACAGGCUUGACCAAGCAGGCUGCUCAUACUGAACCCUUCACCAGCACUGGAACUAUUCCAUCCACUACUACGGAACCUGUGAAGAGUGUAUCCACAACCCCUUUACUGGUGACUUCUAAAGCCACAAUAACACCAGCGUCUACUACAACAACAGCAACGUCUAGAACAACAACAAGACCAUCUACAACAGAACCAACAUCUACACAUCCUGCAACAACUGCUAAAGCAACAACAAAAGCUAAUGAAACCGUCGCUAUUCCUACAACCACAGGUACAAAGACGUCGCCUCCACCACCACCACCACCAUCAGCUGCCCCACCACAGCCAAACGCUCCAAGUACUGGUAUGCCACCAGUUCCGACCUCUUUACCCAGAGGUCCUACGACUGUAACCGUCACCAGUACCAGCGCUACCGCCGAUCGCAACAAGCCCGUCCCCCCGGGAACGAGAGUCGCCAUGGUAGACGUAGCGGGAGAUGCUCUGACCAGCCAACUGGUGGAUACAGCGUCUCUGCUGGCCGUCCUGCUCUUCGGCCUGCUCUUCUUCUUGGUCACGGUGGCCGUGUUCGUCACGCAGGCGUACGAGAGCUACAGGAGGAAGGACUACACCCAGGUGGACUACCUCAUCAACGGCAUGUACUCGGACUCCGGGGUGUGAGAGGGGGAGGAAGAAGCUAAACACAACGUGCGGGGAUCAUUUUUUUGCGCUUGGAGUCUGAGACUAUAGACUGGAUGGUGACACGGACAUGCAGUGUAUUCACUGACAGUUCAUGGAGAAGUAGGAAUGGACUAAUCUGACCAACAGCUCACUGAACUGACCCCAGAGCAGUCACUGAUCUGUUUCUACCAUAACGCUUUGUUCUUUCCCUGCUUCCCUUUCUUCAAUGGUUUGAUUGUGAGGAGUCUGGCGUGUCCCAGUUUUGCCAAAUGUUGAGCAACAAAAAUCUGAGGUUACAGGGAUGUAACUCCAGUUCUAAUGGCCCUCGACAGAGGCUCCUCUGUGCAUGCUGGUAAGUCCAGCUGCAGUUGGUUCCAGGGUGGCUGGACCAAUCAGGAUGCUUCCAAGAUGAUAAACGCUACAGUUUUUUUUCUUUUUAUGUCUUAAUGUUCCUUUGCAGAUGAAUGUAGAGCUCAUUGAGGACUAGGGCUGUUUCUUAAGAACCAUGAACCAAAUUCAUUGUAGUUAAUUUAUAGCAUGAUUCAUUUUUGCUAACAUCCAAGCAAAUGUUCGAAUUUGAAGUAUAAAGUGAGAGCCCUAUUAAGGACCAAAGCAUAUUUCUGGUUAUUACAUCAGAGAUGUGACUUUAAUUUUCUAGAAAUUAACUGAUAACUUAUUCCACAUAAAAGGUCUAAUUUGACUAAAUGAAAGUAGCAGAGAGCUACUCAUAGCACCAUGUUGUACAUCACCAAUAGCCGACACAAUUUCAGUCUUAUGGCCCUUUUAAUAACCUUUCAGCCAGCGCGGUCGUCGCCUCUAUUUCAACAGGCACAAAAGCGAGGUGUGCCACUAAUCCAAGCCUUGGUUGCUGCUUCCGUCUGUUUGGUGAACAGAAGUCUUCUUUUAAGACUUGUUUUCCACUCACUUUGAGUUUAACCUCCCAAAAAAGUGGUUUAGAGAAUCUGGAUAAACUUUUUUUUUUUUU